GCGGUAGUCAUCCUGUCCAGUGAGCAUAUCAUUUUGAACUUUGAUUUGGUUGCCGUCCUCGUCAUGCCGGUCUUGCAAACGGUGAACGAUGCGGAUUUGUCAGCUAGCUCAGAGGACUGGUGCUAGAAAUAUGUUGCUUUCAUUUUCUCAGGAGCUGUUCAGUGUUCAUGUCCCGGGCAUUUGAUAUUUUCACAGGAGCUACAGCCGGUUGGAAAGGGUCAGAAGAACCGGCAGCCUAAGCCUAAACCUGCUCAGCCAAAGAAAGUCUUGCCCAAGAAGCGUCCAGCUGCAGCGAUUGAGAGUUCAGGCCACAACGAAGAUGCUGUGGCAGCCGAGGAGGUCGAGCCCAGGAAAUCUGCUUUGAGGAAGCGACCAGCUGCGAGAAAAAAACGAGUCAUCAGAGACUGGUCAGGCUGAGACUGGUCAGGAUGAAGCUGCAGAAGGGAUUUCAGACAAGCCUCAGCAGAUGGCGGAUGGACAGAAACUGUACGCUCCCAAUUACUACAAGCUUUCCAACCGCUGGGGCAUCAAGAUAGGCAAGAAAGAGGUUUGCAGUGUAGGUGGCAGCAUCUACCCCAAGGAGACAACGAAAGAAAUUAUCGACGUGGCCUAUGAGGAGUUGAAAAAGGGUGUUUCCAUUGAAAAGGUCCGAGCGAUGAUUGCCGAAAUGAAGAAUGCUUUGCGCGACAAGCUCUUGAAGAAGAAAGAUGCUGAGGCUGAGGUUGAACCUGAGCCAACAGGAGAAGCGACAGCUUCUCAUGAAGAGGGAGCCGAAGCUAUGGAGGAAGAAACGCAAACAGUAGAUCCUGAGAUUGAUCCCGAACAGGGGCCUGCUAAGUGAUGUGCUCAUUGCUGCAAGGGCUAGAAAAAAUAGAC